CUCGUUUGUAUUUUCUUCACUUUUAAUUCAAUGGAAGACUGACGGGAUUGAUUUGUUAUCGUAUUUCUACGCUCGAAGAUGCAUGUGCGUGUUUGUGGCUGCUGGGAAAUCAGAAACGUCUCUGCGCUCCUCUUGCUGGCUGGCCACAAAACUGUCUGUUUGGAUCCUCGGAACCGUUGGAGAAAUGUCCUCCAUCGGUCCCGACCAGAAGACCAACGGGCUGGAGCCUGAGACGGGAGUCCUUCAGCCGCAGACCGUCUUCGUCAUCCUGGACGCGGCAGAAAGUCUUAAUGUGCUGCAGGUGGAGUCUGGCAUCGUGGCCGACAUUGAGGUGGAUGCUCUGCUGCCGUCCGACUGCGAUGCCUUCUACCAGAUCAAGAGCCAGCCCAUCGGCAUGAGUGGUUCCUCCAACGCCUGCUCGUCCUCAUCUUCGUCAUCGUCCGUGUCUGCGGCCAUGUCGUCCAGGGUUCUGCUGCGUCAGGAUCUGAUGCGUCAGCAGGCGCUGCAAGAAGAGCAGAAGGAAGCUCAGCAGCUCCCGCGCCUGCCUGCCUCCUCCACCCCAGUCUGUGUCAGCGUGUCCUCCAGCAGACCCCCGGCUCAGGUGCCAGUGGAGGUCCUGAAGGUGCAGACCCAUCUGGAGAACCCCACCAGGUACCACAUCCAGCAGGCACAGAAGCAGCAAGUCCGACAGUACCUCUCCUCCGCCAAUCGCAACACUUCGACACCUUUGCCAGGCGUGGGCCCCCAGCUUAGCCCCGCUCCCAACGGCUGCCACAAAGUGGAGAUGGAAGAGGCGGUUAUUGAUGACAUCAUCAGCUUGGAAUCCAGCCUCAAUGACGACUUCCUGACGCUGCUACACUCGCCUCAGCAGCUUGCUGCCACGCUGCCGGCGGCGGGAAACUUGCUGGACGUCUACGGGGACAGCGGCGGGAUGGCCGUAUCGACCGUUGCUGUUAGCAACAGCUGCCCUGCCGAGCUGCUCGCCGUCAAACAAGAGCCCAACGAAUUGGACACAAAAGCGCUGAUGAAGGAGCGACAGAAGAAGGACAAUCACAACUUGAUCGAGCGGCGAAGACGCUUCAACAUCAACGACCGCAUCAAAGAACUUGGAGCGCUCGUACCCAAAUCGCCCGACCCGGAUGCCAGGUGGAACAAAGGAAGCAUCCUGAAGGCGUCGGUGGAUUACAUCCGGAAACUUCAGAAGGAACAACAACGAGCACGCGGCAUGGAACAACGACACAAACAAAUGGAACUCACCAACCGGACUUUGAUGCUCAGGAUACAAGAGUUGGAGCUUCAAGCCCGCCUCCACGGCGUUUCUUCUUCUUCUUCUUCUUCUCUGGAUGGCGCCAUAAGUGACCCACAGACCUUCCUGUCUUCGACCAGCGGCGCUGCCUUGCCACAGUCUUCAAACUCAUAUAGCUUAGCCGAGCUUAGCGACGCUCACGAUCCUGCCCACAUCUUCUCUUCGGACCUGAUGAGCGACGUCGGGCUGAUGGCGCUUGAUGACCUCGGAGACAUGCUAGUGGAGGACGGCGGCGGCGGUGUGAUGUCACCGGCAGGCGGCGCCGAUCCAAUGCUGUCCUGUGGAGCAUCACGCUGCAGCAGCAGGAGAAGCAGCUUCAGCAUGGACGACGACCUUUGACCAAUACCUGAAACAACCUGUCUGUCGCCAUGGUAAUGUUUCAUCACCAUGAUAACCUCACGAUUACACUCAGUCACCGUGGUAACCGUCUCUACCGUCUUAAAAACAUCACCCUCUGGCAUCAUGGCAAUCAUAGCAUCCCUUUGUUGCCAUGGUAACAACUACAAAUAGACUCAAGAGGAAAAACCUGGAAACACAUUGUGAUGUCACAAUGUCUCACAAACUUUUAAAUGAAGUCAAGCAGCCAAUGACAGUCUACCAAUCACUGAAAGCUGCGACCUGAUUGGUCAAUAGAGUUCAGCGACACUAACCGCAAGCAUUCUUGUCUUCCUUUUUGCUUUUUAUCCAAUAGAAUAUUGUCCAUUUGUUUAUAUUUUUGUCUGCUGGUAAUCAUUUCUCUUCGGAGACACCUAGAUCUGUGAUGUCACAUUUUAGCUGUAGUAAGCGUCUCAGGUGAGCUUUACUUCAUCACUUUUAAAUGUUCACUGCUGGCAAAUCCCAGGAAAAAGAAGGGAAAUGUUAAGUUUUUAUUCUCACCAGCAGAGAGAGUCGAUAUUUUGUUAUUUUUACAUUUACAUUAGCUUACAACACUCGAGUGCAAGCAGUGAGCGCGGACGUUGUAAUGGAACAAAAGUAGCAUUAGCAUUAUCUAAUGCUAACUGCUAACGAACACAGCUUUAUCUUGCUAGUACUGAACAAAGUGUCGAUCGUAUUUGAAUUGCUGUGAUGUCGUUGCUUUUGUAACAGAUGUCAGUAUCACAUGGAGUGUGAUAUAUAUAUAUGGACACACAAACACUUGUAUAUAGAAAUAAAAAACUGUUUACAA